AUGGCCGGAAAGAAGGGCAAAUCUGGUGGGAAAAGCGCUCAAAAUGGGCUCUCCAAAGGCGAAAUGGCACAGGACGAUCGUUUGCAAGCCAUUGUGCUUACAGAUUCUUUCGAAACAAGGUUUAUGCCACUCACUUCUGUGAAGCCCAAGUGUUUGCUGCCGUUGGCUAAUGUUCCAUUAAUAGAAUACACUUUGGAGUUUUUGGCAACCGCUAAUGCCAAAGAAGUGCUGCUUGUAUGCUCAUCGCAUGCUACACAGAUUAAUGAAUAUAUUGAACAAUCCAAAUGGAAUUUACCUUGGUCUCCAUUCAAAGUGGCAACAAUAAUGUCCCCGGAGGCCCGUUCUGUCGGAGAUGCCAUGAGAGACUUGGACAACAGAGGCGUCAUUACGGGUGAUUUUAUCCUGAUUAGUGGUGACGUGAUUACUAACGUUGAAUUCGAUAAACUUUAUGAUUUCCACAAGAAGAUGCGUGCUAAGGAUAAAGAUCAUAUUCUUACUAUGUGUCUGAGCAAAGCUUCCCAGUACCACCGUACAAGGUCGUUCGAACCAGCUGCUUUCAUCCUCGACAAGGCCGACGACAGAUGUUUGUAUUACCAGAAGAUUCCAACGGCUUUCUCACGUGAAAAGUCUGCCCUUGAGAUUGACCCUGAGUUGCUGGAGAAUGUCGAAGAAUUCACCAUUCGUAACGAUUUAAUCGAUUGUCGUAUUGAUAUCUGUUCCCCUCUGGUGCCAGCGAUUUUCCAAGAAAACUUUGACUACCAAAUGCUCAGAUCGGACUUUGUUAAAGGUAUCUUGUCCAGUGAUCUGCUAAGUAAACACGUCUACGCCUAUAUUACGGAUGAGCAUGCCGCUAGGGUCGAAAGUUGGCAAACUUACGAUUCGAUCUCCCAGGAUUUCAUCGGCAGAUGGUGCUUUCCACUCACUUUGGAUGCCAACAUUAUGUCGGACCAAACUUACUCGUACGAAUCGGGCCACGUUUACAAGGAGAAGGAUGUCGUUUUGGCACAGUCCUGCAAGAUCGGCAGAUGUACCGCAAUUGGUUCGAGAACUAGGAUUGGUGAGGGAACUACCAUUGAAAACAGUGUUAUCGGAAGAAAUUGCCAAAUUGGUGAAAACAUUAGGAUCCAGAAUAGUUAUAUCUGGGAUAAUGCAGUGAUAGGUAAUAAGAGCAUCAUUGACCACUGUAUCGUUGCUAAUAAUGCGGUACUGGGCCAGAACGUGACUCUGGACGACGGAUGUGUGAUUGGGUUCGACGUCAGGAUCGAUGACAACAUGGAAGUGCCAAGCGGUACCCGUAUCUCGGGCACCCCAGUCAAAAGUAUGCACCCCCAGGAUUUUGGUAUGUCCGACGAUGAGUCUUCUGAUUCUGAGAAGGAGGACGACAAGAUCAUCGGUUCGCUAGCGGUCACUUUGGUCGGUUCGCAGGGUCUAGGCUAUAAAUACGAGAGCGACCUAUCAGAUAUGGACGAAGAGGCCGUUGAUAUGGACAAGGUUGCAAACGAUCUUUCGAACAGACUAGAAGAAGCCUGUCUAAGUGAUGAUUCCAUUUCUUCUGCAACAACGAGAACCAGGAAGAAGAGAACCAUGUCUGCAAACAGCGCCUACACUGACAGAGAAGAAAACGCUUCAGAUCUGGAAGAAGAAGAAGAAGAUUUCCAAGUGGAAGGUAUAGCCACGGUCAAGAGAGCCAUCGAGAACAACCACGAUCUUGACACGGCACUCUUGGAGCUCAACACCUUGAGAAUGAGUAUGAACGUGACGUACCACGAAGUGAGAGAUGCGACAGUAAUUGCUCUGCUCCGUAGAGUGCAUCAUUUCAUCGCCACACAGACCCUGGGCUGCAAGGAAGCUGUUACGAAAGUCUUUGGCCAAUGGGGUCUUCUUUUCCGCAGGCAAGCAUUCGAUCCUGAAGAGUAUAUUGAUCUUAUGGACAUCCUCAUGAACCGCACAUCGGAACAAGGAUUUGAAAAGCCGGACUUGGUGCUCUUCAGCGCCCUCAACACGCUCUAUGACAACGAUAUCCUAGACGAAGAUCUUAUCUACAGGUGGUGGGACGCCGUCUCGCAAGAUCCAGCGUUCGACGAAGUGAAGCGACUCACGGCGAAAUGGGUUGAAUGGCUCAAAGAAGCAGACGAGGAGUCCACAGAAGAGUCUUCAGAAGAUGAGGAAGACACAUCUGAAGAGGAGUAG